GUAUUUGUUGUGGUAACCACAAAAUAAAAUUCUCAUUUCUCUUCAAUUUUACUUUGGGAUGCUGGAAAAUUUCGUCUUUUCUGCCAAAUAAAAUUGCAUCCCCUGAACUGAAUUGAAGCUUCAGUCUUUCAAUUAUAUCAAUCACAAAGUAGAAAAAAGAUACUUUAUCUAUAGAACUGCAAUUUUUACUGCUGGCUAUGAAAGAGAAAGUCCGUCCAGUGAAACCUCACUUUUUCAAGCCAAUUCAGCCAGGUUUCAAGCAGGCUCUGAAAAUUCCUACUGGUUUCUUGAAGUAUCUGAAAGGAUAUGACCAUAUUGAACAUGCAAUACUUAGAAGGGGUAGUAAGCAGUGGCGGGUGAAGGUGAACGGUUGUCAAUUCGAAGCGGGUUGGGCUGAUUUUGCACAACAACAUGAUUUGCAGUUAGGAGAUCUGUUGAUUUUCAGACAUGAAGGAAACAUGGUGUUUGAGGUUAUCAUAUUUGAUUCAAGUCAUUGUGACAGAGAAUAUGAAGAGUAUCUGCUACAAGAAGAAGAUAUUGUUGAAGAGGCUUGCAAGAAAUUUAAAUUCAAAGAUGGAUUUCCCCAUGCAGAAGCUGCUACUCACAACCCUUUUGGUCAAUCUCAUUUUGAAUGCACUGUUAGAUCCUAUUACCUUAGAAAAGGUUACAUGCGUGUUCCGUCACGAUUUGCAUCGAAAAAUGGUCUCACCUACAAGAAAUGUGAUUUGAUUAUUAGAGAUGAAAGACAAAGGUCAUGGAAUUUAAAGCUAUAUACCUCCUGCCAUCACGUCUAUAUUGGGGGCAGAUGGGCUAAAUUCCGUGCUGAAAAUGACUUAAAGGUGGGGGAUCGAAUCAUGUUUGAGGUUGUUACUAAUGGAGAAAGACCAAUUUGGAAAUUUCAUGUCAAACCAAACCCAAGCAUCAAGUCAUCAAGCAAGGCAUUUCCCUAUGCUGAAGCUGCUGCUCACAAGCCUUUUGGUCACUCUCAUUUAGAUUCAGGGCACUGUAACAGAAAAUAUGCAGAGUAUCUGCAAGAUAAAGAGGAAGAAGAAGAAGAAGCUGCCGGCGAUGCUGUUGAAGGGACUUCCAAGAAAUUUGAAUUAAAAGACGAACCAAACGCCAGCGUCAAGUCAUCAAGCAAGGCAUUUCCCCAUGUAGAAGCUGCUAUUCACAAGCCUUUUGGUCAUUUUGUAUGCACCAUUCGACCCUAUUGCCUUACGUAUAGUUACUUGAUCCUUCCCACACAAUUUGCACUCACAAACGGUCUCAUCAACAAAAAAUAUGAUUUGAUUAUAAGAGAUGAGUGGCAAAGGUCGUGGAAUUUAAUGGUACGUCCUUUUGGUACUAGCGUGUGCAUUAGAGGUGGAUGGAGUAAAUUCCGUGAUACACAUUGCUUAAAGGAGGGAGAUCAAAUAAUGUUUGAGGUGGUUACUGAUGGAACAAAACCAGUAUGGAAAUUUCAUGGCAAAAUUUCUGGAGAAUGCAAGAAUCAAUCAAGGGGUUGACUGAACAAUUAAGUUUAUUGGUGACAGAAAAGAAAUGAAACACUGAAGCAAUUGAACGGAAUAUAUUUCUCUUUCUCGGUUAGUUCAAUAUACAGCUCACAACCUCAACAAAGCAUGUCACGUUUUGUUCCAGAACACACGAUGUAAGGAAGUAGCUAAUGGCUCAUCGGAGGUUUCUAACUCUGAGUACGGUGUUUCAGGUGUAGCAGGAAAAGAGGUUGUAUGGUGUUUUGGGUGCUAUUUCUUGGCCGUUGGAACAAGAAGCCUGGGCGGAUGCAGCAUAGAAAUGUCGGGUUCAACUAAACUUGGUAUUUUCGACGGAGAACAUAAAUUUAUGUGUAAAAAUCAACCAAAACUGCAAAAAAUAGUAUAUAUGAACCCAUAACUUUAACAGUACAACGAGUUCAAUCCUAGGAACAUUGGAGGUUGAACCCAUAGAAUUCAAAUCUUAAAUCCGCCUCUGAACAAGGGUGUGAUAUGUUCAUGUAUUGUGACCAGCUUGAGAAUUUCUCAUGGAUUGCUAACAUCCUUCAACCUUUUCUGCUUCAUAUUCUUGCACCCAAAGGAUUGAUCUAGCGGUUAAUAAAAUGGGUGAAAACUUCGGA